AAAUAUUCUUUUUCUCUCAUGUUUUCUCAUGUAAUUUUCUUUUUGAUUUUCAUUUCUUUCUUUCUGCCUUCUUUUAAUAUUUCUUCUCUUUCAAAAUCUUCCUAGAAAAAAUGCAGCCAGCAGAUCCAAACCCCCCCCAUUUUUUAUCUACUUUUUUCAUGGAGUAUCAGAAAUACCCACACUUCAUUUUUUCUCCUCCUUUCUGUUUCUGAUCCAUUUCCGAAGCCUUUUACAAGGGAUACCCAUACAUAGUUUUCCUCCUACUUUGCAGAAAAAAACUAAGUCAAUGAGCUCAGAAAAAGUUGUUUUUAUCUUUAUUUUUAAGGUUGCUUUUGUCAUGAUUCAGGAACUGCUUGGUUUAAAUAUAUUGUAAUAGCAAUUGAAAAUCGUGCUCCGUGUCUGUCUUUUAUGGCAAUGCUAGGAAUGCAAGCAGACAUGCAGCAUAAAAGUCACUUCCCAGGGUGUUAUACUGCUUGGGACCUCAAUUUGGAUGCUAAUGGCAACAUAUGGCCCACAGAUAAUGAUGUCGAUAGAAUCUUAAGGAAUAGACCAUACUAUAAUGGUACUUUGCCACCAUCUUCCGGUUCGAAUAUGUUUUACAACAAAGUUUUAUUGAAGCAGACAAUGCUCAAGCAUGAGGCAGAAUUUAAGGAUCAGAUCCGCGAACUCCAUCGGCUUUACAGGAGACAGAAGGAAUUGGUGGAAGAAAUGAAGAAGAGCGACUUGUAUAAACAUCAUUGCAGUCUGGACAGCUUACAAGCAAAUAAUGUUUUAUGUCCAAAGUCGCCUAAUUGUGUGCAAAUACCACAUCACUCUCCCACCUCUAUUAACAUUGUCCAUUGUCAGCCCCCUAUUUCGGAAACUAAGGGUAGCAUUUUACCUUUACAUUCUUAUGAUGGAAAUUCAGGGGACACGGGUGUUAAGGCUACUCGUAUUGGAAGCUCUUCAAAGGCCUCUGAGUUCAUGGAGUCCAACUGCAAAAUGUUUGGUAAAAAGGUCUUGGAUCUUGAAUUGCCAGCUGACGAGUACUUUGAUAGUGAAGAAGAGGGAUUUUCAGAAGUGAAACCGGUGCCUGAUAUGCUUGAUAAUGCUCUAAAGAAAAUUCCCGAAGUUAGAGAUAGGGGAGAUGAAGAACAAUCUAUUAGGGGCAGUGAUUGCAACUAUGUUUUCCCCGGAGGCAAUUUUAUUCCUGGUUACAUUUCUUCAAAGAAAAAAAUUCUGGCUGAUUUAAAUAUACCUGUCGAACUUGAGGAAGAUAUAAUUCCUGAAUCCAGUGGCUUUAAGGAUCCUAUUAUUGGUCACAAGGAACCUUCAUUACAGGAUCCCUCUGGUAAAUCAAAUUCCAACUUUCAUGGCAUGUCCAAAGAAGCAAGUCCAAAUAGCCAGAUGAUGGGGGAUCCAGAAGCACACUGGGAAAUUUUGCACCUGGAACACAAAAUGCAAAGAGAACAUGAACCUUCUAAUGAUAAGGCUGGUAAGGAAGGGCAUGGAAGAAAUCAUUUGAAUUCAUUCCCUCGGGAUCUUUGUACUGACAAAUCAUCAACUGAGCACGUUAACAAUGUGCAAGCAGAUCCUGUGAUAUACCAUGGUUUGGAUGAGACCAAUGGAAAGCUAUGCAAUGAAAAUUUACAGCAUGUUGCAAGAGAUAUCUCUGCUAGUAACUCUAAACCAGAUGCUAUUUCAGACAUGCGUAGCUCAUAUCAAGUUGUGCCUUUGGCUGAACCGGUGAUCUCUGAGUCAUCAUCUGUUUCAUCUUGGAGACGUGCCUUCAAGCACUGCCCUAUAGCAGUUCAAGCACUUCCGUGUUUUAAGGGGAAAAGUUCCAAAUCAUUAACCUUAAGCCCUAGUCUCCCCAAAAAUGAGCAUUGUCUUGACAAAAAUUUAGUAUCAAGCAGACAGUCGUGUAGUGCUACUUUCCCGCGGGCCAGCUGGCUAAAUGAUUCCCAGCUGGAGGGUCAGCCACUAUCUGCAAGUUCUCAUUCACUGGAAGGCAAUAAUAACGAUGACUUUGCAUUUGAGAAUAGUCCAGUGAAAUAUGCCAAGAGUUCCAAGUAUAUGAGGUCUGUAAAGAGUUUGGAUCUCAAUAUUGUCUCACCUAGUUUCUCCACCUACGUGGCUGGUUCACAAGAUGGCUCUUGUAUACAUGGUCAAAAUAUGUUUCAAAGUUCCACUGUUUGCUCUGCGCGGAUUGCUGAAACUCUGGUACAUGAUAGAAACUCUGGUGAAAGGAGAGAUUUCUUGAUCCCACUGGAAUCUACCCUUGAACAAGCCAAUUCCCCGAGUGUCCUUGGUUCUGGUUCUGAGGAGGUGCAGGCUGGCAACUCCCUGGAUUUUAAGAAGAUGUUUGGAUUUUACAUGCAUAACAAGCCUCCUACUGCCAAUGGCCAGUGCUCAUCUCAUGCCUCCCCAUCCCGAAACUGUUCUGAUUCUUUUGCAAUAGAAGACAUCAAAGACAAAGAAAAAGAUAGGAUUCCGGAUAUAAACUUGGAAUUUCAUCAUGUGCCCGGCAAGGAAAAAUUACUGGAUAAAACUGAGUCGGUUGCAGAAAGUGACCCUUGUGAGAAGUGUUCAGUUCAUGGAGGAAUUGACCUGAAUUCUUGCUUAUCUAUGAAUGAAUCUCAGCUAGCGCCUUCAAGUUCAAUAGAAAUAGAUUUGGAGCCACCUGCAAGUCCGGAAAACAAGGAGUGUUCGCCACCUAGAGGGGAAUCCAAUGAAAACCAGCUCGAGACACCUGUGCCAUCUUCUGGGCAAGAUGAUGGGGAUCUGCAAGAGGCACUAGUUAGGAAUGCAGUGGAGGCUAUAGUUUCCAUUUCAUCAUCCAAGAUCCGGACUUGUUUAGAAAGGACCAGCUUUGAACCUUUUAAAGUUUCUAAUUCCCUCUAUUGGUUUGCAAGGGUUGCUUCUUCUGUAGUGGAUGAUCCGGGAAGUGAAUUUGGAAUUAGCAUAGGUGUCAAGGAUAAUGAUGAUAAUGAGCAGUAUCUUUCUGAUGGAAUCGAUUACUUCGAGGCCAUGACACUGAACCUAGCAGAGAUAAAGGUAGAAGAGUCUUGGUGUAAAAGCAAUGGCGGAAAAGAGGAAGAACCAAGUGUAAUGUUUUUGAAAAACCAACCAAAGAGGGGCCGGACAAGGAGGGGAAGGCAGAGGAAGGACUUUCAAAGUGAAAUUCUUCCAAGCCUUGCUUCUCUUUCAAGGUACGAGGUCACUGAGGAUCUUCAGAUAAUAGGAGGGCUAAUGGAAGCCACAGGUACACACUGGGAAAGCAGUUCUUCAAGAAUUGCAGGUAGAAAUGGAUACACAAAAGGGAGGCGAAGGACUAAUGCCCGUGCUGCCAGUGUUACGGAGAGCAUGACAAACACAAUGCUGCAGUCUGGUAACAGUGAAGUGGGAAUCCAGCCAAGAAGACUAAUAGACUGGGGGAAGAUAACAAGACGACCGAGGGGGCCAAGAUGUCCGUCAAGUAAUCCUCGGCUUAUAUUAGGCCAAGUAUAGAAAGGUAAGUUUCAUGGAUUAGCCAACAUUGAAUCAUAUGAUUAUCAUGUACAUGCUCAACUAAAAUAUGGCAUACCAAUUACAUUAUAUAGGAGAAUAGAUGUCCAUUUUGAACUUUCAAUGGCUUUUGGUACUGUCUGGUGAGUGAUGGUUGUGAAUAUUAUAUAUAUAUGUAUGCUCUUUUUGAACCUAAGAGUUUGUUCUAAAACUCCAUUUGAAAAUCAACAAUAUAGCAAAUAUAUGUCUAUUUAGGCUUCUAGAUUUGAAA